AUGAAGAGGGAAGCGUCUUCCCUGAAGAAGGAGAUCAAAUCUCUUGAAUCAAAGAUGAGAAAACUGGAGGACCAGGCCGAGGCUGCGACUAAGGCCCAGCAGGUGGCUGAAGAGAAAGUGGAGUCUGCUGAGGCUAUCCGAAAAGUAGCUGAAGCUGAGAAGAAGGAGGCCGAAGCGAAAAAAGCCCAGGCUGAGAAGGAGCUCCAGCAGGCUUUGGCUACCAAGGAGGCCGAAGUCAAAGAGGCUGAUGAAAAGGUUGAAGACAAAUCAGAGACUGAGGCUGAUGCCGAGGAUGAGGAUGAAGGGAAAAAUGAUAAUGAGGCCUUGGUGAGAAAACCCAAGGAUGCUGCUGAAGCUAAGUCCCCUCCUCUUGCUGAGCAAGUGAUGGAUUUAACUUUGGAUGAGGAGUGUGAUGAG